UUGCUUGAGAUGGCUUCAUUUACCUUACUCGUAGCCUUUUUGGCUUCAACAGCCACUAUUUUCGCCAAAUCUGCCUUUGGAGACAACUGCACAAUUUACAAGCUAUCUGACGCAGCUGAUGUCACAGCCAACUGCGACAACAUCGUGGUGAAAGAUAUCCAGAUCGAUGCCGGUCAAACUCUUCAGCUGUUUCUGAAAGACGCAGCUACCUUGACAUUUCAAGGAACCAUCACUUUUGACUACGCAGAAUGGCUUGGACCGGCUAUUUGGAUCAAAGGGAACGCUUUGAAAGUCCAAGGAGCGAAGUUUGAUCACCUGAUCGACGGUAGGGGAGCAUACUGGUGGGACGGUUUGGGCGGUAGCGGCAAACAAAAGCCCCUUCUUAUGAAAAUAGAGGCUACAGGCGGAUCUGUGUUCAAUAAUAUCCACCUCAAAAACUGCCCUCAAGCUUGCGUCGGCCUGGAAAACAGUGACAGUGUCACGUUGACUUACUGGGACAUCGAUAUCAUCGACGGAAAUCCUGCCAAUGGAAAAGAAGUCGGUGUGAACACUGAUGGUUUCUACAUUAUCGACUCAUCGAACGUCAAACUGUUGAAUUCUACAGUACGCAACCAAGAUAACUGCGUGCGCAUCAAUCAGGGUAGCAACAUGAGCAUUUCGAAUUUGUACUGUUAUGGUGGUCGUGGUUUAGGUUUGAUAGCAGGACUCAGCAAGACUGAUAUUGAGAAGAACACCAUCAAGGACAUCAGUUUGGAGGAUAUUAUGGUGCUUGAUGCCAAGAAUGGUAUUCAAGUGAAAACUAUCAGUGAUGCAGGCAAAGGCAAUAUCAGCAACAUCUAUUUCAAAAAUAUCAGAAUGGCAAAUAUCCGAGAAAUUGCUGUCAACGUGGAACAAGACGUAGUCAACGGCACUUCUAGUGGUGUAACGAACAAUAACAUUCCCAUCACCAAACUCAACAUGGACGAUAUCACUGGAACGUUGGCCGGCGGCGAUUCUAAGCUGGUCAACAUUGUGUGUGACCCCAAAGGAGGUUGCUCCGACUGGAGCUGGUACAGAUUCGGGUUCAGCGGUGAGGGACAGCAGAGUGUCUGCAAUUUCGUACCGACUGGAUUUAGCUGCGAAUAA